GUUCGCGGCUCGAACCUUGCGCGAGGUUGCAUCCUAAUGACGUGCGGGGCCAGCUAAGCAGAAGGACUGCCCUUGCAUCUGGGAUGAUCACCCCGUUCACCGUUGGUCUCGCUUUUGUUGAUCCUGGGUUCGCAUGUAAAUACGAACAGAGUAACCCGUACAGGUCUCCUUGUCUGCAUGGCACGCACAUAUGUAUAUAUAUAGAGUAGGGCUCCUGAUAACACCCACCUCUCGGAAAGCCUAAUCGUCUUCGUCGAUCGGCCUCCGUCUUAGCUCCAAAGCUUGCCCCGACUCUUCUCACCGUUGAGGCUCUUAUUGGCAGUGCUUCUUCCUAAAAGCGGCCUUUGUGUCGUUCAUUAACCAAGCCAUGAGUUCCCCGCUCAAACACGACCAUCAUGUUGGGGAGGACAGGCAUGUCGCGCGGGACGACAUCUCGACGGAGGAGGUCGGCGUCGUCAAGCAGCAGGAGACAUACGCCUAUGACGAGUCGCGCAAGAUUGGUGUCACGGGCGCCGUCUUCCUGAUUCUCAACAAGAUGAUCGGUACCGGAAUCUUCUCCACGCCCUCCGGCAUCUUCCAGUCCACCGGCUCCGUGGGCGUCGCGCUCAUGCUGUGGGUCAUCGGCGGCAUCCUCACCUUCUGCGGUCUCAGCGUCUUCCUCGAGUUCGGCCUCGCGAUCCCCCGGUCCGGCGGCGAGAAGAACUACCUCGAGCGCGCCUACAAGCACCCCAAGUACCUCGCCACCUGCGUCCUGGCCGCGCAGAUGAUCCUCCUCGGCUUCUCGUCCGGCAACUCGCUCGCCUUCGGCCGCUACGUCCUCUUCGCGUCCGGCUCCACCUCCCCGGACGGCUGGGCCGCCCGCGGCAUCGGCAUCGCCGGCGCCACCUUCGCCGUCGGCAUCCACGCCGUCACCCCCAAGUGGGGCAUCCGCCUGUUCAACGUGCUCGGCGUCUUCAAGGUCAUCGUCCUGCUCUUCAUCGUCUUCUCCGGCUUCGCCGCCCUCGCCGGUCGCCGUCUCGUCCCGGACCCCCACAACUUCGACAACGCGUUCCGCAUCGAGGAGGGCGAGGGGUACGGCAACGGCGGCGUCUACGGCUACGCCACCGCCCUGCUCCGCAUCAUCUACAGUUACAAGGGGUGGGAGAAUGCCAACUACGUCGUCGGCGAGCUCAAGAACCCGCGCAAGACGUUGGCCGUUGCUGCUCCUAUCGCUAUUGGCGGCGUCACCAUUCUCUACGUUCUCGCCAACGUCGCCUACUUCGCCGCCAUCCCCAAGACCGAGCUCGCCACCUCCGAGGUCAUCGUCGCCGGCGUCUUCUUCCGCAACGUCUUCGGCAACAGUGCCGGCGCCAGAGCCCUGCCGGCCUUCGUCGCCAUCAGCAACUUGGGCAACGUGCUCGCCGUCAGUUUCGCCCACGCUCGUCUGAAUCAGGAGCUGGCCAAGGAGGGUCUGCUGCCCUUCAGCCGAUUCUGGGCCUCCAACAAGCCUUUCAACGCCCCUGCGGCUUCGCUUUUCCUUCACUGGAUUGUGACCGUCAUCGUCCUGGUUGGACCGCCGCCCGGCCCGGCUUACAACUUCAUCACUGAUCUCUACGUGUACCCCGGUGCCUGGAUCAACGCUUUCGUCGGAAUCGGUCUUCUCUAUCUCCAAUGGAACAAGAAGGAGAACUGGACCUCGCCUUGGCACACUUACUUCCCCAUCACGGUCCUCUACGUUCUUGUCAACGUCUUCCUGGCCCUCGUCCCUUUUAUCCCUCCCACCGGCUCUUGGACUGCCGACGGCUACCCGUACUACGUCUUCCCCAUCGUUGGUGUCGGUGUGCUUAUCUUGGGCGGCAUCUACUGGACAUUCUGGACAAAGAUCUUCCCUGCCAUCGGCGGGUACAAGAUCGUGGCCGAGAGAACGUACGAUGAGCAGGGCAACGAGGUUAUCCGGUACCGCAAGAUCAACACCAAGCACGGUCACUCGGGACCCAUCGACUGAAGAGAGGGUUGUUCGACAUUUCCAGCAGUGUUGUCAGCAACCUGUCGCAUCAACAAUAUGUGUCGUCACGCGAGGUUAACAAACAAGAGUUGUUUCGCAAACAUAUACCCGUCAAGCAUUGGUAGCAAAGUAUACUAUAAUAUUUUGUAAUCCUCACUUUACAUUUUAUAUUCUUGCUCAAUGUCACGACAUUGAGAAAUCUUUCGAUAUAAUCAAAUUC